AUGUACUUCAUCAAAGCAGCGACUCUCUUCUUCCUCCCCUUGCUCUCCGUCGUCGUUGCAGCCCCUUCGACAAGACGGGCACCUCCGAGCCCAGGUUCAGGUGUUAUCGUCAAACCUGCCGGUAGUACCGUCAUUGCUCCCGGACAGAGUUUCGAUUUCUUGUACGACACCAGGGCGGACUACGGCGUUUCAAGCUACAACUUCAAUGUCUACCUCUUCACAUCCCGGCCCUCAGGAUUCGUUGUAGACGAGGACUAUGCCACUGGACACUACUAUGGGAGAUGGGCGCUUCCCAACUACCCUGGUAACCCGUCCCCCAGCAAUCUUCCUCCGGCCCAGUUGGUGAUGCCUGACUUUUCGAAAAAUCCUGGAGGAUUUGGUGCUGGUGCGUCCGCUUCUAACCAAACCGUCUACCUCGCCGUACUUGAAGAGUAUGCUACGGGUACCGGAUCUGUUGGACUGCGGAUGAGCCUUGCUCUUACCGAACUCAUCUACAACGGCACUUCCUCCAAUUAA